AUGAAAAACAAAAUAGCUCUCACACUUCCUAUUUGGUUACGAAGUGUUGGUGGAGUUCUUGCAAAUACAAAUGCAACUCGAAUCCUUUCAUCGAAUCAACAACCAAAAAUUUUAAUUUGUAAUUAUUUAAAAGCAUUUGGUUUUGUUGGAGAAGGUAAACAUCCUUUGGGAGAACUCACUCAAUGGACAGAUUUGUUGACGGCUCUUGCGUUGCAGGAUUUUCAAAUCUAUUAUGCUCAUGAUUUGCAAGAACUGGUGAAUGAUAUAUUGCCUUAUCAUUCGUUGGAUUCAUUUCAUGUCAUCUUUACGGAUUACUCUGCUCUGAAAAUGUAUUUUUCUCGACAAUUGGGAGUGUUGCGUCAAAAAGAUCGACAUGUUGUAUUAACUCAAAAAGAAGAAGAGUUUAAAUGCAAAUUGAGAGUUUUAGAUUCUUUUGGUACUCAUGCAAAAUAUAAUGCAAUGGAUUUAACAGAUAUGAAAAGUAUGGAUUCGUAUUGUUGUUGGAAUUUGAACUUGAAACAAUACCUGACAUUACAGCCAUCUAAAAUUCCAGAUCCAGUCAAUCAAUUUUUAGGAACUGCCACUCCUCUUGAUUUUGAAGGAUCUCAGCAUGAAGACCAAAGUUUACAAAAGAAGAGAAAAAACACCUCCUCAGGGAAGUAUCGAGCUCUCAUUUGGGCGAAAGAAGUGAAAUAUUUUGACAACGUACCUUCUACAUAUCUUGAAGUUAUAUCUCAAAAAUUUGAGUUGAUUACCACUCUGGAGGCAAAUGAAUUUCAUGUCCUCAAGCAAAAGUUUCCCAACGUUGCAUUUACUAACUUGGGCAUUCUCUCACGUGCUCAAUAUGUGAAAACAUUGAGAGAAAGCGCUAUUUAUGUGGGAUUGGGAACUCCCUAUAUCGGUCCCAGCUCCAUAGAAGCGCUUGCAUUUGGAAAUGUCAUUUUCAAUCCAAGAAUUUCUCCUCGAAAAUUGAGUGAUAUGGGAAAACCGACAGACGAGAUUUAUACCAGUCAAUCUGGAUAUUUGGAGUCUAUUGGAAGUCCAAAUGUAGUCACCUUGAAUAUGCAUGAUACAGAAAGCAUCAAACAGCAUGUUGAAAAUGUGGUCAUGUUGCUAAAUCAGAACCAUGGAUACACUCCACCUUAUCUACCAAGUGAAUUUACACUCCAAUCCUUUUUUUAUAGAGUGUACUCCAUUGUGAAUUCGUAUAAUUUUUGUGGCCGUGAUUAG